AUGAAGGGUGACUCUCAUCAUGCAAUGGCUCCCUCUGAGCAGUCAGCCAUUGCCUCAGUGAUUUCAUGCGAUCCCUCACCAGUUGACAAACCUCAAAUUGAAAAUGUAGACUAUCAACAAACAAACCUGCGAAAGCGAUUCACAUUUGUAUCAACAAUUGCAUUCGGUUUCACAACUAUGAACUCCUGGGUAGCUUUCGCUUCAGGUCUGGCCGUGCCUCUCUCAUGCGGCGCUGGACCAACUCUCAUCUACGGCCUUCUCGUCGGCGGCAUCGUCAUGUCCAUCCUCGCAACAGGUUACGCAGAGCUAGCUUCGGCGUUUCCAUCUGUAGGUGGCCAGUAUCACAUCGUCUACAUGACGUUCCCAGCUUCAACACGUCGAUUCGCUGCAUUCUUUACGGGGUGGAUGUCGAUUCUAUAUACUAUGGGAGCUACAGCCUCGUGUAGUUUCUUUGUUGCGCAGUCGAUCUUGAAGUUGGUAACGUUGUCGAAUGAGACGUAUGUUGGUCAGAGCUGGCAUGUCUAUCUCGUCCACAUCUGCCUGUGUACCAUCGCCUUCUUAGCUGCAUCACGAUUUCCAGCGGCUCUUGGAAGUAUCGUUGUCUCAGUGUUUUGGCUUUCGAUUAUCGUCUUCAUCGCCUCGCUCGUAACUCUCUUGGCCGUUCAAGAAGUUAAGCAGCCCAGCAAAUUCGUCUUUACAGAAUUCACAAACGUUUCUGGAUGGACAAAUGGAUGGGCCGCUAUGAUCGGUCUCGCGAGCUGUCUGUGGGCUUAUUGCGGUAUUGAUGCCAUUAUGUUAAAGUUAAAGUGUAUUUUCUAA